AUGCCCGGUAAACCGCCGCGAAACGAGCGCUCGCUGGUGUGUUUCAUCCAAGCUCUAGUCGGGACCACGGUCGUGAUCGAAUGCCGCGAUGACGUCGCGCUCAGGGGUCACCUCGAGCAGUGCGAUGAGGGCAUGCACUGCACGCUCACGAAUGCAAUCCGCGUCACGCCCGAGGGGCACAAGACUAAGCUCGAGCGCGUGUUCGUGCGCGCGCGCAUGAUACGUUACGUACACUUCGCGCCGACGAUCGAUCCGUUAGAGCUGAUCGAACAGAAGAGGCUCGAGUGGUUCAAUGCGUCGAGGCACUACGCGGGCAAGGCGGCGUUUGGUCCCAAGAACGCGCCCAAGGUACGGGAUGCGGAGGCUAGGUAG